AUGAAGCACCUCACCCACCAGUGUGGCCCAUUACCCUUCGUGCAACUGUGGAUACAUCGAAGUCUACGAAACCGUCUGCAAUACCAAAGGUUACCUUCAAGACAUCCAAAGUAUUACUGGAAAAGAGAUGAGAAGGGUUAUACACCGAAGUACGCGCUUGUUGCCGGAAGCCACGAGCCGGAUAGAUACACCUAUAUAGCUCGUGCAAAAAUAAAUGGGAAAAUGGCCAUCGGAAUGCUGGCGGAAUUUUACCAUGAGGCUUAUUUCGUUGUCGACGAUGCCAUAGAAACAAGCGAAUAUUACGAGAUUUUGGUAUGGGAGAAAAAACCAGCCUAACCCGGAUCCGUCAAC